GUGGAUCAGCAGAGCCUGCAGAAGGCUGGGUGACGUUGGAGCAGUCCACUCCCACAUCUAGAACAUUCCUGCUCUGCAGCAGAGCCUGUCAGGAGGAAGAGUAGCAGCAGGGGGGGGGCAUUUAGGCUCGGCAAAGCCUGCUAACCUUGACGUGGGUCAGUUGGAGAGGAAGCUCUCUUCCGCCGAGCCCAGUCACCCCGGCUAGAGAUAGCAGCUGGUGCUCCCGGACCUCCGUCACCCUGGGGAAGGCUACACACCUCCGACCCCCCCGGUUCGCCCCCUCGUCAUCGCUCGCCGCCGCUGGUUUUUCCUCGCCGGGGAGGUGUGCGUCACCCUGUGCCAUCGCCUCGGUUUUCGGGUGGAGGAGGUUUCGGUUUCCAGGCCUGCCAGAGAUGCAUAUUAAAACCACCAAGUGCAACCGCUUCUGUCUGGUUGCCUCGGUAACCAACCAGGAAGUCUUCCUCUGUCAUGAGGCGCGGGCCAGUUUCGAGUCGCUGUUUCGCUCCUUCGACCCAGAGGUCAAGUUCCAGUACUUCAAGUCCUUCCGGCGGGUCAGGAUCAGCUUCAGUGAUGCUCUGGCUGCAGCAGAGGCCCGGCUUAGACUGCACAAGACGGACUUCCGCGGCAGAGAGAUGAGGCUGUACUUUGCUCAGUCAGUCCACAUCGGCAGUCCUAGUCUGGAACCCCCAAAACCAGAGAAGCAGUUCUUGAUCUCCCCUCCGGCUUCCCCUCCAGUGGGCUGGCGGCAGUCUGAAGACGCCAUGCCUGUCAUCAACUACGACUUGCUGUGUGCCAUCUCCAAGCUGGGACCAGGAGAGAAGUAUGAGCUGCACACGGCCACGCCCACCACGCCAAGCGUGGUCGUCCACGUGUGUGACGACGACCACGGCGACAGCUCGACGCCAGAGGACAGCGACCAGGAUGACAAUUCCCGCCCGACGCGGCCCAAAAUCAUCCAGACCCGGCGCCCCGAUUACUCGCCGUCCCCCGUUCAGCAGUGAGAAAGUGCGCCGCCGCCAGGGCGCAACACACGGACACAGAACGGUCGUUUUUGAUGCUGCAUUCAGGUGUCAUGGAAAAGAAGGAACUUGAAGUAUUCUGUGGUUGAGAUGGAGUUCACCAUUUCGAUGUUUGGACCACACUGGAUGCAGGACGAUGCCAUAACGCUCGGCAUGCUGGGACGGUUCUGCGACCUCGUCCACUUUGGAACGACCAUGGCACGAUCCCGCCGUCCUGCUUGUUUUUCCUCCUCCGCUGGAAAGUGUUUGGAAAAGGAAUCAGGACGGCCGGGGAUGAGACGAGUGGGGCUGAAUUCCCACGGACCUGAAUGCAGCACGACUGGGAUGAGUCUGUUUCGACCGUCUGGGUCCCGGCUGUGCUGGACAGGAUCUCUGGCUUUGACUCUGCUCUAGUCUCUAGUCUUGAAACGUCCCGCCACGACCGCUCUCCCGUCUCUUAUUUUAUGAUUUUUCGGGUUUCCAUCCGUCUGGUUCCUCUAAAACCAGAGAACCAUCGGGUUCCUCCGAUAAAAUCCACAGUAGACGGUCUGUUCCACCAAAACUCUUGGGGAUCAGGAUGUAGACGGCUCCGUAUUUAGCUGCUGUUUUGUACUAAAAUAUGCUGUUAAUGCCUGAAUGUUGAAUAAAAAUUUGACCACGUGA